GAUUGCACAAGGCGCGCACACCAUGGCAAAGCACGAACAGGACGGUGGCGCGGACGGAGAACUGACGGCGCAGGAAGCGGCCAUUUAUGAUCGCCAGAUGCGUUUGUGGGGAGUGGAGGCGCAGAAACGGCUGCAGAACUCCCAUAUUCUCAUCAGUGGAAUGACCCAGCUCGGGUCGGAAGUCGCCAAGAAUCUCGUGCUCUCCGGCAUGUCCGUCACCCUGCACGACGUGAACGUGGUCACACGCGCCAAUGUGGACACUCAGUUCUUCCUCACUGAAGAUCAGAUCGGACUCAACCGCGCUGAAGCGUGCUUGGCGGCAGUUCAGGAACUCAACCCGCUUGUCAAGGUGAACGCGAUCACCAAGCCGCUCGAGUACUAUCCCCGCGACCACUUUGACCAGUACAGCGUCAUUUGCACCCUGUCGGCGUCUCGAAAGCUCCAGCUGUACCUCGAUACCUUGAGUCGCGAGAAGAACAUUGCAUUCUACGCCGGGCAUGCGUUUGGUCUGUCUGGCAUAUUCUUCUGCGACUUGGGGAGCGAACAUGUCUACCGCCGCCACGUCCAAUCCGCUGACCCAUCCGUGGCAGCCGACACACCCGACCUCAACGUGUCGUACGCGUCGCUGGAAACAUCGGCGCUCGUUCCAUGGAGCUCCCUCCAACCGACGCGGAAGCGCAGCCCCGUCACCCCCGCGCCCUACAUUGCGUAUCAACUGCUGCUGGAGUUUCUGGAGUCGACCGAUGCGUUCCCCACUGCUGCGACGACCGACCAGUUCGUGGCGCUGGCCACAUCUCGACUGGAGAGCCAGGGGCUCCCGGGCUUCUUCGACCGCAGUCAGCUCGCGACCCUCGCGGCGACGGCGACGGCGGACGUGGUGCCGGUGUGCGCCAUCGUCGCAGGCAUCCUCGGCCAGGAAGUGAUCAAAGCCAUCUCCAAGAAGGACGAACCUCUGAACAACUACUUCUUCUUUGACGGCGCCACGGGGGAAGGCACGGUGCGCCGCAUCGCGUAGACCAAACACAGCACCGUAAUCAGUACACCUAGUGUAUGUACGACAUGCGCAGUGAUUUAUGAGAUACAGUACACGCCUUGGACACUAGUAUUAAUAGUACUCUCAUGACACUCAGCGCGGCCUACUAUGAAUACUACU